AUGCGCCAGCGUGGAGCAGCAGGAGUCGUAGGGAACCAAGAACUCACGUCUGAGCUCGCAAGACUUUUACGCUCCAACAUCAAGCUACGAGGAGCUAGUCGCAAGACGAGGAUGUCUGCUCUCCGGAACCCAAAGGGAACAACCAUUGCAUCGAGAAGGGGGAUGGAGAAAAUCAUCUACGACUUCUACUCUGAUCUCUUCAACAGCCAUGUCCACUUGCCUCCUCACAAUUUGAGGGAAGACGGAGAAGUCAUUCCAGAGGUUCUACCGUCCGAAAUACGACAUGCUAUCAUGUCGGUAAGAAAUCGUACGGCACCCGGUCCUACAAGGUCUUUACAAGAGUGA